GGCGAUUAUUUUAAGUACUAAACGAUAGCACGCAGAUAUUUGAAAAUUAACAAAUUGAAGCUGCAAUGUAGUCUGUGCCAAUACGACUGUUUCUUUACUGUUUAAUGUACAUUGGUGAUUACACUCGGAACCUUUAAAAAAUCCGGUGUCGUCGUCACUGUUUAUAAUAUAAAUAUAAAAACUUUGCGUUUGUGGAUCCUAUGCCGACAUUGCAAAUCGCGUGCAUGUAUAUAGCGUAAGCCCUUUUGAUAAAAAAAUCCGCUUACAUGAGUCGUACGAUCUGGUCGGAAGUAACAAGCAACUGAAGUCACAGUAGCCGAAAGAAGAAAAAGUAGCAUCAUUGUUAGUCUUCGUCUUUGGUUAUUGGUUAGCAAGAAUGCGAAGGGACAGCGGUAUAACCACAGAUAGGUUUCUCGAGUCAUUGAACAAGUUUGCUUUUCGUGACAAGGCUUUGCUCUAAAGGCCGUCUGUUACCAUAAAAAGUUUGUGCUGAUUUUAGUACGCUAAAUUUCUUACAAAAUCUAGGAUAGUGUCGGACAGCAUUUAGUACAAAAUAUUGCGUGAACUAUUUUUGGCAACCUGUUUGAUUUGAUUCUAAAAGUACGCAGAGGCAUACUGCACAUUUUGACUGUGCAGUGGCCGCUAGAAACACAGAUCAUUUGAAAACGGGCGUCCGCACCUGUAUUAUGUAACUUAAAAGUUGACAUUAUCUCCAUUUUUUAUGGAAUUUGAUUUUUGAUUGAUUGAUUUUUUUGAUAUCAUGUAGGUUGUCUUAUAAACUGUCACAUUUGAACUAGCUAACAUUUUCUUCAUGCUCACUUGCAGUAUGCGCGGAAUAAACUAGCGACUACCUAGUGCACAAGUUGGCGGUUUUUUGACAUUAUAUCGGUUUUUUAAGUAAUAACCCUGCUGUAUUGUGUAGCGAUUUGAUCGUCAUUCUUGUCACUUACAUAUGUACUAGAUAUGCGUUAGCCUACGCGUACUCGUUGAGAGCAUAAUCUGUGGAGCUAUAUAUAAUACAGAACUUACCGCUUAGGCCAUAGAGCUAUGAAUGGACUCGGACACGGAUUAAGUAUCUUGACGUUUAGGAAACUCACACAGCUGCUACAAGAGAACAUGAACUGAAUGAAAACUAGUUCCAAACUGACAAUUAUGACGAUCUGAUCGCUAUCCCUAUCAGUAUGCAGUUACAUAAUAAGGAUGCUGGCUUGGAUUUGGGAUAAGCAAUAUGUAGCAGUAGUAGUAGGGAAAACCAUGGAAACCACUGAGCUGUCGACAAAACUAAAAAGAUAAUAUUUGGCUGAACUUAACACAAGAAAUAAGGUCUUAUAUAUCAGGCUGACCAAACAUAUCAGUGUUAUGACGUUUCUGAGGUGCACGUAGAACUGCACUAUUAUCAUUGUAAAAACUAGUCUGUGGCUCUUGUAAGAUUGUUUGACUGAAAUAAACUUUUGUUUAUGAGGUCAUGAAUGAUACAAACGAAAUAUUUCGACUGGUCUGUUUCGACAAAAACUAAACAAAGCUUGCUGACUUUCAGUUAUGACAUGGUCCAUUUUGGCCAUGCCAACUCUCUGCGUCAGGCCAAAGCUCUAGGGGAUUACCUGAUCGUGGGUGUGCACACAGAUGCAGAGAUCACAAAACAUAAAGGACCACCAGUGUUCAAUGAACAAGAGCGGUACAAAAUGGUACGAGCCAUAAAAUGGGUCGAUGAGGUGGUUGAAGGCGCACCUUAUGUAACAUCUCUUGCCACACUCGACAAAUACGGCUGUGAUUUUUGUGUGCAUGGUGACGACAUCACAAUGACGGCAGAUGGUCAAGAUACCUACAAAGAAGUCAAAGAAGCUGGACGAUACAGAGAGGUACAGAGGACGGCAGGCAUAUCAACAACGGACCUGGUAGGCAGGAUGCUGUUGCUAACCCGCAACCAUUUCCGUCAAGGUCAGUAUGAGUACGACGUGGACGGAGAGCACUCCACGACGAUGGGGCAGUGCUCAUCGGCCAGGUCUCCGUACACAGGUUGCUCCCGGUUCCUGCCCACCACGCAGAAGAUCAUGCAAUUCUCAGACGGAAAGCCGCCGGAACCUGGCGAUAGAGUGAUAUAUGUCGCGGGGGCGUUUGAUCUCUUCCACGUGGGACAUUUGGAUUUUCUGGAAAAGGCCAGGCAACAUGGCGACUACCUAAUCGUCGGCCUCCACACUGAUCCAGUAGUGAACAGGUAUAAGGGUUCCAACUACCCCAUAAUGAAUCUCCACGAACGGGUGUUGAGCGUAUUGGCUUGCAAAUACGUAUCAGAAGUGGUGAUCGGCGCCCCUUAUUCAGUCACUAAGGAUCUCGUUGACCACUUUGAAGUAGCGCUGGUGAUUCACGGAGAGACACCAGCAGCGCCUGAUGACGAUGGAUCAGACCCUUACGAGUACCCGAAGAAGAUUGGGAAAUUUAAAACUGUCUCAUCAGGGAAUGACAUGACCACAGAGAAGAUCGUAGACAGGAUCAUCAAAAACCACAAAGAAUUCAUAAACAGAAAUAAACGGAAGGAAGCAAAAGAAAUCGAGUUGAUCAAAUCACUUGAACAAGCAAAAGUGUAAGGUGUAGGCUAACGGUAUAACCUUGUAUAUUCGAGUACUAUACAUUUCAUAUAUUCGCUAUAUAUUUUUUUAUAUAUAGUUCUUUCACUUUAAAGAUGUGAUGCAUUUUAGUCUGACUUUCUCAUUGGUGUAGAUCAUACCUACAUCUCUAGCUUACUAUCUGCAAAAGUUUGGAUACACUAGAAUUGAAAAAAUCCUCAAGUAUAUUUCUGGGAAGGCCGUUGAUAUCUGUCACUAGGUAACUUCCAACAUGGAAAAGGAAGCGAAUCACGUUUUUAUGACGAGUUUCAUGUACAUAUCUCAGGGAUUAUGGCAAUAUUUGUUAAUAUAGUUUGUAUGGAGUAACCUUGAAAGAACAUUUUGCACUAUGUUUUAAAUGCGAGUUCAUUAUUUGCUGAUAUCACGAUUACUAUGAUGUCUUGAGUACAGUUAUUCCAAUUUGCUUAAUGUUGUCGUCAUCACUGAGUAAAUUUAAUCUGGUAGAAAAUUUUAGUGACAAACUAAAGAGCUUAUGGUAUCAAUUUAGAGUUAUAUUGCACUGUUGCUUUUAUAAUUUAACUACAUCACUGAAUCGUGAAUGUGCCAUUAUUUUCAGCGUCUAUCCUGGUCUUCAAACUUUUGUACAAUAGUCUAUACACGGUGCCACAUUUUAGACUCCCCAUCUAAAUAUGUAUUUAGAAAACUGCACAUUCUAAAAAACUAAGAGGUUAAAACGGGACACCGUGUAUAAGUGGAAAUGCAUUAUUUUGGCUCUAGACUACACUACAGGAAAUACGAGGGUCACGCUAAAUAUUUUGAGAUGCGCAUUAACUAUACUAUUUAAAAGCGGUAACAGUGCACUAUUAGAAAGAGCAGUCCUUUAUUAGUAAGCCGCUGCAUUCAGUUCAUUUGCAAGCGUCUUACAGUGCACGUGGUGUAAACAAAUUUAAGAGGAAACAUGCAGUUAUGUCGAGAGAGCUAUAGCGCUAUGAUUUACCAUGAGCUUAAAGUCGGUUUAACUGAACAUCAAUGAAUCGAACGGUUACAACAGGCAUUUGGUGAUGAAGCCCCGUCCCGGAAAAAUGUGUUUCGCUGAUAUGCCGAGUUUAAAGGAGGGCGUGUUUCAUUUGGCAGAUGAAGAACGUAGUGGUAGGCCAUGUUCUAGUGUGACUCCAGAAACAUUGCUAAUGUUCAGCGGCUAAUUGAAGAAGAUUCUCGCUGCACAUAUGCGACUAUAGGGGUAGAAUCCGCAACAGUGUACACAAUUUUGCAGGGUCAUCUUCAUUCAAAAAAAGUUGUUGCAGAGGUACAAUUCUGCAUCACGACAAUGCCUCUAGCCACACUGCCCAACUAACUGUAGACUUUUUACGCCAGCGCCUUAUCAAAAUGCUAGAACAUCCGUCUUAUUCGCCAGAUUUGGUAAUGUGUGACUUCUAGCUCUUCAAGAAUUUUAAAAAAAAUCUGCUUGGUCGAAGGUUAUCGUCCGAAGAGGAAAUCGAUCAAGCAUUAAUCAGUUUGUUGAAGGCAAUCCAAAAACUGACUGGCUAGAAGCAUUUCAUUUGUGGAAGGUCAAGUUACAGAAGUGCAUUGAUGCUGGAGGAGAAUACUUUAAACAUAAAUAAACUAGUUUUCGAAAAAUAGUUUUUAGUUUUCGUGUAUCUCAAAAGUGUGGCCCUCGUAUUUCAUUAUAUAUUUUGGGAAUAUUUAUAGACAAUUUUAGCCAAUAGCAUGAUGAUUUUGAAUCAAAAGAAAAAUCAAUGUAGUAAUUUGCAGUCAUCGCGUUGAAGCAAUUUCAAAUACAAAAGAAUAUUUGAUGUUUACAUGUAGUAUAGUUCAGAGCUUGAUUUUUAAAUAAUAUAUUUUUUCAGGGCUUUGUUUUAAUAUACCUUUAAUUUAUUGAAUGUUUUAAUCCUCUUUGAAAAGAUAUGAUCUUGGACUCUCGUGCACUUUUUAGCUUUUAUAUAUGUUGUUAUAUUAAGUGCUUUUUAUUAUAUACAAAAAACUCCUGUAAUAUAUAAUAUUUGUUAUCUUUGAAUAAUUCUAUGUUUAUAAUUUUUUGUUAUAUAAAAACUGUGAUAAUUUAUUGCUUGUGCUAUUUAAGAACAAUCCAGGAUGUAUUUAUGUUGUUUAUUAAACCGAUUUUUGUACAUUUCCACUGUAAUCUUAUUAUAUAGACAAAUAAAUAGACUACAUUUCUAUAUCCUGUGAAAAAUAAAUAUUUAUUACAUGGAUAAAUAAAU